AUGAUGCUGAUGCCUGAGGAUUGGGCUGAAGGGAAGGCGGUGCUAAUAACAGGCUGCAACAAAGGCUUUGGACAUGCCUUGGCAAAACAGCUUCACGCAAAGGGAUUUACUGUUUUUGCUGGAUGCUUGCUCGUGGACAAGAAUGGAGAAGGAGCCAUGGAGCUGAAGAAUAUGAAGUCAGAUCGCAUGAAAGUGCUACAGAUGGAUGUGUGCAGUGACCAGGAGGUGGCUCAGGCGGUGGAUUUUGUGAAGAGGACCCUGAAAGAGCCGGAGGAGGGUCUGUGGGGCCUGGUGAAGAAUGCUGGCGUCUCAGCUUUCGGAGAGGUGGAAUUUGCAAGUUUAGACAACUACAAGAACAUGGCAGAGAUCAACCUGUGGGGCACCGUGAGGGUGACAAAGGCUUUCCUGCCCCUCAUUCGCAAAGCAAGAGGCCAUGUGGUGAAUAUCACGAGCAUGUUGGGACGGAUGGCGAGCCCAUCUCGCUCCUGCUACUGCAUUUCCAAGUUUGGGGUGGCCGCCUUCUCCGACUGCCUCCGGCAGGAGAUGUACCGCUGGGGUGUCAGAGUCAUCCUCAUUGAGCCCAGUAACUUCGUGGCAGCGACAGGCAUCCUGACGGCGGACGGCGUCGACAGACAGGCUGAGGCACUGUGGAGCGGAGCGAGCGACGCUGUGCGGGAGGACUACGGGAGGGAGUACUUCACUCGCCACGUGGCCCUGAUGAAGUCCUUCGUUAACAGUGGCCUGAAGGACAUGUCUCUGGUCUUGAAUGACAUCGUCGAUGCACUCACCUCCCUGUGCCCAAACAACCGUUACAAUCCCAUGGAGACCUACUGGUGGGUGAGGCUGCAAGUCAUGACUCACCUGCCCACUGCCGUUGCCGACUGGCUUUACGUCCCUGGAGCCACGCUGUAA